AACGGCUACGACCUACGACCGGCUGUAUUGAAUCAAAACCCCAAUGCGAAGAGCAAUGUUUUAAAAAACAAAAAGUAGUUUCUAUGAUACGAUACCAAUGCGAUAACCAGUGGUGAAAGAUCUGUGUGUGGGUUCGUCGUGAAAAAAGGGAAUCGUAGAUCCGUGUAUUUGUUUGUAUAGUUUCUUUUCUUCUUUUUUUUUUAUCAGAUAAGAGAAGAGAAGCGAUGGGGUUGUGGGAAUCUUUUCUCAAUUGGCUUCGCAGCCUUUUUUUCAAGCAGGAAAUGGAAUUAUCUCUGAUCGGACUUCAGAAUGCUGGAAAGACUUCACUUGUAAAUGUUAUUGCUACGGGCGGGUAUAGCGAGGACAUGAUUCCUACAGUGGGAUUCAAUAUGAGGAAAGUAACAAAAGGCAAUGUUACAAUAAAGUUAUGGGAUCUUGGAGGGCAACCUAGGUUCCGCAGCAUGUGGGAACGUUAUUGUCGUGCAGUUUCUGCUAUUGUUUAUGUUGUUGACGCUGCAGAUCCAGAUAAUCAUAGCACAUCAAAGAGUGAACUACAUGAUUUGUUGAGUAAGCCAUCAUUGAGUGGUAUUCCUUUGUUGGUGUUGGGGAACAAGAUUGAUAAAUCAGGAGCUCUGUCUAAACAAGCUUUGACUGACCAAAUGGAUCUGAAGUCAAUUGCUGACAGAGAAGUUUGCUGCUUCAUGAUCUCGUGCAAAAACUCGACCAACAUAGAUUCUGUUAUUGAUUGGCUUGUCAAGCACUCCAAAUCAAAGAGCUAAGAGGCUCCUUUAUUUUUUGUAUUCUAAAGUAAUUUCUCAGUGACAUAUAUCUGGAAGUUGCUGUAGGCAUCUGCAUGCCUAACUUGAUUGCACAUUAGUUGAUUCUUGCCCUCUUCUUAUUUGCUUAAUGUAAUAUCAUUCUUGUCCAAUGGGGUAUCAGACAAGAUGGAGUUCAUGUCAAGGGUUGUUUUAUGAGUGAAUCAUAUUGCCAUUGUCAGUUUAGUUGCAUCUUUAGAAUACUGACAGCACUGCAGUCUGUGUCUUUGUAAAUUAAAUUAUAUUUUUUCUACUGAUCAGCAAUAUGUGAUCUUGUUAUUUCUUGAA